CAGAAAGGAACUUCCUUCCUUGAUCAAUCGAAGACAUGGAGGUAGGCUUAUAUAAAUGGGAGUUAUCGGCAGUCUUAAUGUUCAUUCUGCAACUCAAGCCAUACCUAAUAGACGAGUAGCCUACAUCUAAAUUAUAUGCGAUUUUUUAUAUUUAGUUUGAGGCGUAUGAGAUUGUUUAAAAAAAAAUGGGGGAUACAGUAGCAAUACUCGUUGCCCUGACGUUCCUUUUGAGAGUGAACGGGGAAGCCCCCCUCGUCGGAUACUGCAUGGGGAAGCAGUGCUUUGCCGUUUUCCAGGACCAAGCAAACUUUGGAACCGCUCAAAAACGUUGUGAGGAAAAUAAUAAUGGAUAUUUAAUGACAGUUCGAUCUUUGAUAUCACAUAGCAUCCUUUUAAUAUUACUUGGUAUUCAUACAGGAGAUUAUUGGAUUGGUUUACAUUUACCAAGCGGGCAAUGCCCCGACAAAGAAUCGUUUUUACGAGGGUACAGGUGGAUAACUGGAGAUAAUGAAACCAAAUUCCAGAACUGGGGGCGCUUUGAAGAUGUCUGUUCUUCAAAAUGUAUUUCGGUAUCAAAAUACGACUUUGUGUGGAAGGAACAACCAUGCGAAAGUAAAGUAGAUGGAUAUAUUUGUGAAUAUAAACUUGACAGUCCCUGCCAACAUGUAAUUGUAAAAGGGGACGAAUCAGUUCUGUAUGAGACUCCGUUGGGAUUCAAGGGAGAGAACCUACUGACAUUACCCCGCGGAACCACUGCAACGCUCAAAUCCUUCGGGUCGAAGUAUAUCUGUCUAUCUGAACAGUGGCUACAAGCACCGUGGGGUUGCGAGGUAUUCAAAGGUGGCUGUGCGCAUGACUGUUCCUCAGUUAAUACUAAACCUGUAUGCACCUGCCCACUUGGAAAAACUCUCCAGGACAAUAACGUCACAUGUGAAGAUGCGCAAAAUGACCCCUGCCUUGACUCAGGAUGCGCACAUCUCUGCCAAAAAAAAGAUGACAGCUACACUUGCAUGUGUCACCAUGGGUAUGCACUGGCAGAAGAUGGGAAGCAGUGCAAAGACAUUGAUGAUUGUAUCGAUAACAGGAAGUGCCCGGGACAUAACAUUAAGUGUGUCAAUACUGUUGGUGGAUUUAAAUGCGAAUGCCAGAAGGGAUAUGUGUUUGAAAAUGACAACUGCGUCGAUGAAGAUGAAUGCUUCAUGGGUCCAUGUGACCACGAAUGCAGAAACACAAUAGGCAGUUACAAUUGCUCCUGUUGGGAUGGAUUCAUAAUAAUGGCCGAAGACACCAACCGGUGCCAAUUUGUUUGUUUAGCCGAGUGUUCCCCAGAAUGUGACCCAAGUAAACCACAUCAUUGCAACUGUCCAAAUGGUUACAUACUCGAUGACAAAAAUGGGAAGUCAAUUUGUGUUGACAUAGAUGAAUGUGAGAUGGAUGAGUGCCAUCAUAAUUGUACAAAUACCUAUGGAGGUUACCUGUGUUCUUGUGAUGAGGGAUUCGACUUGGUUGGUUUAUAUGAUUGUGUUGAGAGAGAACCGUCAAAUGUUUCAGGUUUUACCAUACCAUUUACACCAUUUGUUAAGCAUCCAACUGAGCGCCCUUCCACUGUAAAGGCUGGGGGUCUUCUUGGAAUUAUAGUAUGCAUUGUCAUUGUUAUUUUGGUGAUGGUUGUACUUAUUCACCUGAUACUAAAACGUCGAGGUAAUUUAGACAUUGCUUUCGAAAGCCAAGAUUUUGGUAAUCACGAUUUGCAACAAGUCACAAUGGAUAAGUACAAAACAUUAUCAUUUGACAGACAGUAGAUAUAGGACAAUCAAUAUUUUGUUGGAUAACUUUGUCAUUUUCAUUGUCAUUACCUUUUUACACGUCUGCAAAGGAGAAUCAGAUGUUUGAAUGUUUUAUAUUUUUAUUUCAUGCAGUUGUAGUAAACCUAUCAUAAAUGUAAUGGCUCCAUAAGCAUCUCAUUACUGAAAAUGCAGACCUGUCUAAGUAACCAAUAACAAAGUAGGCCUAUAACUUGCAAAUUAUAAUUUCUUCUUUUAUAUAUACACUACCGUUCAAAAGUUUGAGGUCACUUAGAAAUGUCCUUGUUUUUUAAAGAAAAGCACAUGUUUUGUCCAUUAAAAUAACAUAAAAUUGAUCAGAAAUACAGUGUAGACAUUGUUAAUGUUGUAAAUGACUAUUGUAGCUGGAAACAGCAGAUUUUUGAUGGAAGAUCUAAAUAGGCGUACAGAGGCCCAUUAUCAGCAACCAUCACUCCUGUGUUCUAAUGGCAUGUUGUGUUAGUUAUUCCAAGUUUAUCAUUUUAAAAGGCUAAUUGAUCAUUUAAAAACCCCUUUUGCAAUUAUGUUAGCACAGCUGAAAACUGUUGUACUGAUUAAAGAAGCAAUAAAACUGUCUUUCUUUAGACUAGUUGAGUAUCUGGAGCUUCAGCAUUUGUGGGUUCGAUUACAGGCUCAAAAUGGCCAGAAACAAAUAACUUUCUUCUGAAACUCAUCAGUCUAUUCUUGUUCUGAGAAAUGAAGGCUAGUCCAUGCGAGAAAUUGCCAAGAAACUGAAGAUCUCGUACAACACUGUGUACUACUCCCUUCACAGAACAGCUCAAACUGGCUCUAACCAGAAGAGAAAGUGGAGUGGGAGGCCCUGGUGCACAACUGAGCAAGAGGACAAGUACAUUAGAGUGUCUAGUUUGAGAAACAGAUGCCUCACAAGUCCUCAAUUGGCAGCUUCAUUAAAUAGUACCAGAAAAACACCAGUCUUUAAUGAAGCUGUAAAUAGUCAUUUACAACAUUAACAAUGUCUACACUGUGUAUCUGAUCAAUUUGAUGUUAUUUUAAAGGAAAAAAUGUGCUUUUCUUUCAAAAACAAGGACAUUUCUAAGUGACCCCAAACUUUUGAACGGUAGUGUAUAUUAAAUUGUCAUUAUUUGUGCGUCUUUUACGUUCUCACCACAAUACCCAAUCUUUUGUGAAGUGUGACCCCUUGUGGACUCUGAAAGAGGUUGCUUUCUGAUGACGCUUAUUUAUCCUUAUCGCUUAAUAGUCAGCACCUUUUUCUUUGACUAUAGCAAGGUUUCCAAUCAAUUGGCGACAGAUUUUCGUGUGAAUAUUCUAGAAUCUGCAUAAGGAAAAAUAUCUGCAUUUUCCCACUAGUGGUAUUUUACCGCCUGCAUUGCUUGCUGUUUGGUGUUUUAGGCUGGGUUUCUGUACAGCACUUUGAGAUAUCAGCUGAUGUAAGAAGGGCUAUAUAAAUUCACUUGCCUGGCCAAUUGUAAGCCGCCCUAUGGGACUCCCAAUCACGGACGGUUGUAAUACAGCCUGGAAUCGAACCGGGGUCUGUAGUGACGCCUCUAGCACUGAGAUCAAAUCGAACCAGGGUCUGUAGUGAUUUGAUCUCAGUGCUAGAGGCGUCACUACAGACUUCUGCUGUGGCUGCAUCACAGUAAAUGCUGUACAGCCACAGCAGAUGUCGGAUUGACCAUGCAGAGCCUUUAAGGCUAAUGCCAUCAUACUGUAGGCCAGUGGUUCACAACUCCAGUCCUCGAGUAAGCACAACAGUAGACAGUUUUAUUGUAGCCCAGGACAAGUACACCUGAUUCAACUUGUCACUUAAUGAACGGUGCAGAAUUAUUAUUUUUUUCCCUUUACUAAAGAUGGCUACAUUGGUCCAGUAAUACAGGACUAUUAAAGGCCCAGUGCACUACUUUUGUGAAAAAAACAUAUGUAUUACUAUUUUUUAUUUAUUCCGAUUUUUUAGGGGGUGCUGCAGCACCCUCAGGACCCCUACUUCCUGCUGAUAUGGGUUAUUAUAUCAAUAUUUGCACACACAAUGUUUGCACUGCUAUUUCUCAUGUAAUUAAUUUUACUGACAAAAAGUUAACACACAUAUGGAACGAACAAAUGAUCUGUCCACAUUUAUAAAAUUGUACCAAAACUUCCUGUUUUCA